UAUAUUUUUUAUGGCUGUGUUAGAGCAGUGUUAUCUUCCAAAACCCUAAAUCCUUUUCUCCAUCGGAUUCUUCUUACAGACCAGUUUCGAUUACCUUUCAAAGAUUGUUGUUCGUAGAAGCUUCGAUAGCUAUCGAACAUGGCGUCUGUAGAUCCGGAGAUCACCAAAACGCAAGAGGAGAGGCGGAAGAUGGAGCAGGAGCUCGCGUCCCUCACUUCGCUAACUUUCGAUCGCGAUCUGUACGGAGGCACUGACCGUGAUGCCUACGUGACUUCAAUCCCCGUGGUCGACGAGGAAGAUGCGAAUCCGGACCCUGCCGGGUCGGAAGUGGCGCGGCGGCUUGCGUCUUACACUGCUCCGAAGUCGCUUCUCAAUGAUGUGGCCCGUAGUCAGGGCGAAGAUGACGAUGGAGGGUUUAAAGCAAGGAAGAGUAUUGCAGACAGAGAGGAUGACUAUAGGAGGAAGAGACUCAAUCGGGUUUUGUCUCCGGACAGAAAUGAUCCGUUUGCGAUGGGAGAGAAGACGCCGGAUCCAAGUAUUAGAACUUACGCGGAUCACAUGAAGGAAACAGCAUUGCAGAAAGAGAGGGAGGAGACUAUGAGGCUUAUUGCUAAGAAAAAGAAAGAGGAAGAAGAAGCCGCGGAAAAGGGACAGAAAGAAUCUGCUCCUGCUGCUGCUCAGCCGAAGAGGAGGAACCGAUGGGAUCAGUCGGAAGAUGAUGGUGGUGCCGCAGCUGUGAAGAAGGCUAAGUCAACUUCGGAUUGGGACUUACCGGAUGCGGCUCCAGGGAUCGGGCGGUGGGAUGCAACACCGACUCCAGGGAGAGUUUCUGAUGCCACCCCAUCUGCUGGGCGUAGGAAUAGAUGGGACGAGACGCCGACUCCUGGUCGUGUGACAGACUCUGACGCCACACCAGCUGGUGGGGUUACUCCCGGUGCGACGCCUGCAGGAGUUACUUGGGAUGCGACUCCAAAAGGACUUGCUACUCCUACCCCGAAACGGCAACGUUCUAGGUGGGAUGAGACACCAGCCACUAUGGGCAGUGCUACACCCAUGGCUGGAGCUACUCCAGCCGCUUACACUCCUGGUGUCACCCCUAUCGGUGGGGUUGAUCUGGCUACCCCUACACCAGGCCAGAUUAAUCUUCGUGGCGCUCUCACGCCUGAACAGUACAAUCUGUUGAGGUGGGAGAGGGAUAUCGAGGAGAGAAACAGGCCUUUGACUGAUGAAGAGCUUGAUGCUAUGUUUCCUCAAGAGGGUUACAAGGUUCUUGAGCCACCUGCUUCAUAUGUUCCCAUCCGAACCCCUGCGAGAAAACUUCUCGCAACACCAACACCCAUGGCGACUCCUGGAUACAUUAUUCCUGAAGAAAAUCGUGGGCAGCAGUAUGAUGUGCCCAAGGAAGUUCCUGGCGGGUUGCCAUUUAUGAAACCUGAGGAUUAUCAGUAUUUUGGAGCGUUAUUGAAUGAGGAUGAUGAAGAGGAGCUGUCCCCCGAGGAGCAGAAAGAGCGCAAGAUAAUGAAACUGUUGUUGAAGGUUAAAAAUGGAACGCCUCCCCAGAGGAAAACGGCCCUGAGGCAGCUUACUGACAAGGCUCGUGAAUUGGGCGCUGGUCCUUUGUUUAAUAAGAUUUUGCCUUUGCUCAUGCAACCCACUUUGGAAGAUCAAGAGAGGCAUCUGUUGGUCAAAGUGAUUGAUAGGAUUCUGUAUAAAUUGGAUGAGUUGGUAAGGCCUUUUGUCCACAAAAUUCUUGUUGUCAUCGAGCCUUUGUUGAUUGAUGAAGAUUAUUAUGCACGUGUGGAAGGAAGAGAGAUUAUUUCUAACCUUAGCAAGGCUGCUGGUUUAGCUACCAUGAUUGCUGCUAUGCGUCCUGAUAUUGACAACAUUGAUGAAUAUGUGAGGAACACAACCGCUAGAGCUUUCAGUGUCGUAGCUUCAGCACUUGGAAUUCCUGCACUUUUGCCCUUCUUGAAAGCUGUGUGUCAGAGCAAGAAGUCAUGGCAGGCACGUCAUACUGGGAUUAAGAUUGUUCAGCAGAUUGCUAUCUUGAUUGGUUGUGCUGUUCUACCUCAUCUAAGGUCUCUAGUCGAAAUUAUUGAACACGGGCUCAAUGAUGAAAAUCAGAAGGUGAGGACUAUUACUGCUUUGUCUCUUGCUGCCCUUGCCGAGGCAUCUGCGCCAUAUGGUAUCGAGAGCUUUGACUCUGUCCUGAAGCCUCUGUGGAAAGGUAUCAGAUCACACCGCGGUAAGGUAUUGGCUGCUUUCUUGAAGGCAAUUGGUUUCAUCAUCCCAUUGAUGGAUGCUAUAUAUGCUAGCUACUAUACAAAAGAAGUGAUGGUUAUUCUGAUCCGGGAGUUCCAGUCUCCUGACGAGGAGAUGAAGAAGAUUGUCCUCAAGGUGGUGAAGCAGUGUGUGAGUACAGAGGGUGUCGAAGCUGAUUAUAUUCGCAGCGAUAUUCUCCCCGAGUUCUUCAGGCACUUCUGGGUAAGGAGAAUGGCGCUGGACAGGAGAAACUAUAAACAGCUCGUUGAAACUACCGUAGAGAUUGCAAACAAGGUUGGGGUCGCUGAUAUCGUAGGGAGAGUUGUCGAAGAUCUUAAAGACGAGAGUGAGCCCUACAGACGUAUGGUUAUGGAGACAAUCGAUAAGGUUGUCACGAACCUGGGGGCAUCUGAUAUCGACGCUAGAUUGGAGGAAUUGCUCAUCGACGGAAUUCUUUACGCUUUCCAAGAGCAGACCAGUGACGAUGCUAAUGUGAUGCUUAACGGGUUUGGUGCAGUUGUGAAUGCUCUAGGACAGCGAGUGAAGCCAUACCUUCCACAGAUUUGUGGUACCAUCAAGUGGCGAUUGAACAACAAGAGCGCAAAGGUAAGACAGCAGGCUGCCGAUCUUAUUUCUAGAAUAGCGGUUGUAAUGAAGCAAUGUGGAGAGGAACAGCUGAUGGGCCAUCUCGGUGUUGUCCUGUACGAAUAUCUCGGAGAAGAGUACCCGGAAGUCUUGGGAUCGAUUCUUGGAGCCCUCAAAUCUAUCGUUAACGUGAUUGGUAUGACGAAGAUGACUCCUCCCAUUAAGGACUUGCUUCCGAGAUUGACCCCGAUCUUGAAGAACAGGCACGAGAAGGUGCAAGAGAACUGUAUCGAUCUCGUUGGUAGGAUCGCCGAUCGUGGUGCCGAGUUUGUUCCGGCCAGGGAGUGGAUGAGAAUCUGUUUUGAGCUUCUUGAAAUGCUCAAGGCCCACAAGAAGGGAAUCCGUCGUGCCACUGUCAAUACCUUUGGAUACAUUGCCAAAGCCAUUGGACCACAAGAUGUAUUGGCAACGCUGUUGAACAAUCUCAAAGUCCAAGAACGUCAGAACCGUGUCUGUACAACCGUGGCAAUCGCCAUCGUGGCGGAAACAUGUUCUCCCUUCACAGUCCUACCGGCACUGAUGAACGAGUACCGUGUCCCCGAGCUUAAUGUCCAGAAUGGCGUCCUGAAGUCACUCUCCUUCCUGUUUGAGUACAUUGGCGAGAUGGGCAAAGACUACAUAUAUGCAGUGACGCCAUUGCUGGAGGACGCGCUCAUGGACAGAGACCUGGUUCACAGGCAGACGGCAGCAUCGGCCGUGAAGCACAUGGCGUUGGGCGUGGCUGGUCUGGGAUGUGAAGACGCAUUGGUCCAUUUACUGAACUAUGUAUGGCCCAACAUAUUUGAGACGUCGCCUCACGUGAUAAACGCAGUGAUGGAGGCCAUAGAAGGGAUGAGAGUGGCAUUGGGCUCGGCCGUCGUGCUUAACUAUUGCCUGCAGGGGCUGUUCCAUCCGGCUCGGAAGGUCAGGGAAGUGUACUGGAAGAUCUACAACUCGCUUUAUAUCGGCGGUCAGGAUGCGCUGGUGGCGGCCUACCCGAUUCUCGAGGACGAGCAGAACAAUGUCUACAGUCGACCCGAGCUUAUGAUGUUCAUCUAACACAUGUCCGAUUCACUUUUGUCCUGUCUUGUCUACGGUGUCUAGUUUGUAGUUUUGUGCAAAACUCUCCGAGGAAAAACAGCAUUAUCCUAUGUAUUGUGUUGUCUGGUGAA